CUUAAAUAAAUGAAUAAGUAUUAUUUUACAUUACAAUAAAUAUACUAUUUCAAAUGCAAUAAAAUAUUUUGUCGUUUAUAAAAUUUAAACUAUAUGUAAUUAAUUGUUUUCCCUAGGGUUACAUAAGGUUACAAUACUUUCAUUUCUACAUAUUCUUCCAUCAUUUCACCGCGAGGUUCUGUACGAAUGUAACAUCUUCUCUAAAUAUAAAUACAUAUGUCGCGAUAUGUACAAAGUGUGUCAGCUUUUCUUGGCUAAACAUUGUCACGAUGUUCUAUGCCAUUCAAUCAUAAUAAUAGAAUGAUAGUUAAUUUCGCACAUUUAUUAUAAUUUUUUAGUACAGUUUCAAUUGUCCUAUAUAACAUUGUUUUCUUAUUCAUAUCACACCGAUAGAAUAUCCUGACAAAGUUUGGUUGGAGAAAACUGGAUCAUCCUGUAUACAUAAUAACUGCUCGCGCGAUAUUCGACUUCCUAGAUGGAGGGCGCUUCAAAAAAUCGAUCGAUCGAUUGAUUAAGAAUACACAUUUCCGUUAAAUUCUAGAAACAAAAAUCGUUGCCGUGACGAUUCGCAUUGCCACCUCCGAAUUUCUAUCCCAAUUCGUCAGUUCUCCAAUGUUUUAUUCAACUGAACUCCUUUCUCUCAGAAGAAAAGGCAAAUUAGCCAAAUGCUGGUUAGCCGCAACCUUUAGUGAAAAGAUGUUUAAGGAAACUUGCAGGCCAAUACUAAUUAAGAAGAUUAACAUAGUCCUUACUUGCGAAGAAAUUUUAUCAACGAUUGAAAUGAGGAGUGGAAGAAAUUAUGGCAGAUUUAGUCUCUAUCUUUCUUCACAAUUAAUGUAUGGUGUUGCGAAAAUACUUCUUUACCAAACGAAAUACUUUCAAGAUCAUGUUUUCGCAAUGAAGUACGCAUUAUUCAAAAAAAGGCAUGAAGAAUUUAAUGCAGUAAUGGCGUUAGAAUUACCGGAUGUUCCUCCUAUGGAAGAUGUGUUCCGGAAUCUAGAAAUUCCAUCAAAUUCGCAUUUAAUUACAGAAGAACCAUAUACUUCCGUUAUAGGACGUUUGAUGCAAGAUGAAAUGAAUUUCGGGAUACUAUCCGAACAUGAUAUGGAACAAUACUUAGCCGGACCAGAGCUAUCCUUAAACGAAAUACGAAGAUUUCCUUGGGAUCGAUCGACAGAAAUUCAUGAGAAAUCGGUGCAAGUUCCUUUUGUUGAUGUUAACAGAUUUGAGAUUGAGACAAUUGAAACUGAAAGAGAAACGCGAGUAGCAUCCGCUGAAAAUGAUCAACACAAAUCCUUUGUCGUUCCUAGAGGCUCGGAUGUUAAAAAGCCUGCGACUUCUAGGAAAAGAACUUUAAUAUCUCUAACAGAAAUUCCUGCGAAAAGAAGCAAGAUAAGUCCUGUAGAAGAUUUACCACCUCCGCUUCCAAUAGAACCACCACCAUCACUGAUAGACGAACCUUUAUCUGCACCUGAAUUACCUUUUCAAUUACAGCAAAGUUUAUCAGUUCUUGAAAAUAUAGAAUUAAUUGAAGUAGUAAAACCAAAAAAGACAAGAAAAUAUUUCGAUGAACGAACUCAACUGUCUGGUAGCGUCAUGCGAAAAUAUAUCAGGAAUGUUUCAGUUCAUACAAGACCUCUUUGGAGAGAAAGGUCUACGUCUAUUUUACUACGAGGAACUGAAUAUCUAAGACAACCAUCAACAAAAAUUGCCAAUAAAUUGUGGGGAAAAACAUUAAAUAAAUUGUUCAGUAGUUGGCUUACGAAACCAUUGGCGCAAACGGUUCAAAAUGAUUUUCAAGAUGUUCUUGAUUUUGAAAUUGAACAGACAACAGCUGGAGAAACUAUUCGUGUGGGCGCUUUCAGUAGACUACCGGAUCAAACAGAUGAAUUAUCUUCAAGAAAGCUUAUGUUCACUGCACCUGAAAUUACUUAUCAAUCUAAAACAUUAGAAAAAAUCCUCCAAACAGAAAAUCUCGUAGCAGGGGAAGAAGAAGAGCCUCCUGAAGAGCAAAGAAAAGAAACAAAGAAGUUUGAAGAACCUCUAAUUGAACUUCCUGAAAUUACAGGUUUUGAAGAAAAAAUUGGAGAAAGGACAAUAACAGAAAAAUCAUCUGAUGGCAGAAAUGCAAAAUCCAGUUCUUCCUCCGUUUCAAAGACACAUUUAAUCAAAAAAGAGUUGUUAGCAUUAAUGGAAACUCAUUGGAGUGAAAGGACAUUCAUAAAAUUUCAUGAUGUAAUUUCACCAGAGAGUUGUAAUAAAUUUGAUGCUGCAUCCACCUUUACACACUGUUUAGAACUCCAUGCAAAGAAAAAGAUAAUUCUGAAACAGGCUGAACCUUUUGAUACAAUUUGGAUACAGAAAUACCCUUAUUAUACUUCAGAAAGUGGUAACAGCACUGCUGCAGCAUCAUGAUUAACUCUUCAUAAUUAACCAUAUAAAAAUAUACUACUUAUUAAAAUAUUUAUUAUACAAAUUUAUUUUUAUCAAACAAAUAUAUAAUAAACUGUGUAUCAUAUUAUGUAUUUAAUAUAUGAUACACAUAUAGUACAAGCAUUUAUUAUUACAAAUUGUUUUUAAAGUACAAUCAAUCUACUUGAAUUAUUCUGUCAUACAGUAUGUUUACAACAUAAAUACCAUUGCAGUAAUAAAGCUUUCCUUCGAUAAAUUUUCUUUAUAUAAAAGUAUAUUCUUUCUCAUAUCAUAGAGAGUAGUACCUGCUAUAUUUACAAUAUUGUGCAAAAUUAAUUAUAUUAAUAAUUAUUACCGAUUAUUAUUAAUAACAAUUAAUAGUGCUUUUUUUUUAUUCUACAGAAAUCUAAUCUUAUAAUAUAACAAAUGAGUUUUGAUUAUAUUAAAAGCUUAUUUUAUUCAUGAAUAUAUAGUAAGUAAACUUUUUUUAUUUAAGCAAUUUGUGUUGAACAUUUUAACGUGUUCAUUAUUUAUAGGUACUUGUUACAGAGAUGGGAAAGAUAUAUAAGGUGUUCCAGGUGGAGUUUGUAAUUAAUUUCCAUACUAUAGCUCGUUUCAAAAAAUAUUUCAAAUAAAACUUACCUAAUUUCGGAAGGGACAUCUUAUAGUGGUUACAAAUCUUCUCUAGGUGGAUGUGUUUCCGAGAUUUUAAAGAGAUCUUUGUUUUUUUAUACGAAACUGUAUCUUUUUAUUUAAGGAGGCGUGUAGCUCAUUUCGUGACGAAUUCAUCGACUCAUAAUAUGUUGGUACUCGAAGGUCAUUCAUUGCCUUUCAAAAACUUACUUUCUUUGAACGUUCUCAGGAUUUGAUUUACUGAAGUAUUGCGUCAAUUCAGAUGUAAACAUGAAUCGAAAUUACACAAAUGAUGCGAUUUAUCGUUAUUCGUAUUUGUUUAUUAUUAACUAUAAUUUGCUACUAGGCAGAUAUCCUCACUUUGUAUGACAGUUGCUUCAAAGGAAUCAAUAUUAUUGCAAACAGUAUUACGUGUACUUUCUUCCGGUAACGAUUUAAUUUACGAUGGUUCAUUAUACGCAAUAAUAAAUUCGCAAUAAAUUCGCAACAAUUUCGCAAUAAGAUUGCCAAUAUGCCUCUAAUUUUGGAAGAAUGUGAGGAAUUUGGAAGAAUUAGUUCUGUCACUUUCGAAAAAGUGCAGCUAUCAUAUAGGAAUAGAGUAAAUAAUUGUACUGACUACAAAAGUCAUCCUUUUGAAUACAUAAGAAACAAUUUCUGGACGUUCAACAACAGUAUGUUUUGAACGGCAAUAAAUGACCUUCAAACACCAAUAUAUUAUAGUUCGAUAAAUCGUGACGCUGUUUGGAGCAAAGGUAUGGGGCUGGAACAUGGAAGAAAGAUUGGAUAGAAUACAAAGAAGAUAUGUGAAAUGGAUCUUAGGUUUAGAUAUGAUAACACCAAAUUAUAUAUUGAUAGAAGAAUGCAAGAUAAAAGAAAUCAAAGAAAAAGCAUUAAAAAGAGCAGAAAGGUAUGAAGAGAAAGCCUUAGAAUCAAAAAAGGAACUAGUAAAGGAGUGCAUAAAGGAAAGAGAGAGAAACUGGGGAAAUGGCCAAGAAGGGAAAAGAGCAAGAAAGAGAAAAAAGGGACUAGAAGAGGUGAGAAAUGGAAGGGCACAGAUGGAAGCAAGAGAAGAGCAAGAAAGGAUGACAGCAGACCAAAUUAUAAAAGAAAGAAGAGAGAAGCAGAGGAGAGGGGGAAAAGGAUAAGGGAAUCAAAAUAUAACACACAUUACAGAAAAAUCGCCAAAGAAGAGUUAAUAAAGUGCUUAGAAGGGAGGACAGAAGUGGAAGGACAGAAAAAUAUUAGCAAGAUUCAGAAGUGGGAACGAGACCAAAGUAAGGGAAUACUGGAAAGAAGAGGGAGAAAAAAAUUGCAGACUAUGUAAAAGGAAAGAAGAAGACCUGAGACAUGUAAUAGAAGAAUGCAAAAUAAUGGGAGGACCAAAGGACACAGAAAAAAUACUAAAUGAGACUAGAGAAGGACUAACAGAACUAAUAGCAAUAAUAGAGAACAGAAGGGCAAUACAAGACUGGGAGGAACGACAAUAAGGAAGCACAGCAAGGAGGCAAAAGCCCAAAAGUUGUAAUAGUUCUUAGUCAUUAUUAGUUUUUAGUUUUUAGAGAUAGAAUAAUUAAGGAAGUGCAAUACAAUAGAGUGGAUAAAAGGGGAGGUAGAUAUAUAAGAAGCGAAAUAGGUAUAAGAGAUGUAAAACCGAAAGUUCGUCUAAAGCCGAAAGGCAUGGACUAAGAAAUAAUAAAUAAAUAUAGUUCGAUAAAUUCAUCCCGGAACGGGUUACAUGCCUACCUAAA